AGGUGAUGUGGUGACAGGAAACAUAUCUCUGUGCAAUUAUUUCAGUGGAGCUGAAGGGGUGUCUUUUAUUCAUUCGUUCAUGGAAUGUGGGUUUCUCUCACUGGGCCAGCAUUUCAUGCCCAUCCCUGAUGCCCUGGCGAAGCUCUUGUUUAGCGUCCAGCAAUGAAGGAGGGUAGCCAGCGGUUGCUGGUACAGUUCAAAGAUGAGGGCGGGGAGAUUCUGGGGGCACCUUUAGAUGUUCCAGUUGACAUAACCCCCGACAAGUUACAGCUUGUGUGCAAUGUUCUGUUGCCUAAGGAUGAUCCCCCGCCUUUGGCCUUCUUCGUGCACGAGACGGAGAUUGUCACCUCGCUGGAGAAAACGCUGCAAGAGCAAAACGUGGAAACGGAAAAUGUUAUCGACAUUAUUUAUCAACCGCAGGCAGUGUUUCGAGUUCGGGCUGUGACACGUUGUAGCAGCUCACUGGAAGGACACACUGAAGCGGUCAUUUCUGUGGCCUUCAGUCCAACUGGGAGGUACCUAGCAAGUGGAUCAGGAGACACUACUGUGCGGUUCUGGGAUCUAUCAACUGAAACCCCUCAGUUCACAUCUAAAGGUCACAAGCACUGGGUAUUGAGCAUCGCCUGGUCUCCUGAUGGAAAAAAGCUGGCUUCUGGGUGCAAAAAUAGUCAGAUAUUCUUGUGGGAUCCGAGCACAGGCAAGCAAAUCGGAAAGGUUCUGACGGGGCACUCAAAGUGGAUUACAUACCUUUGCUGGGAACCACUGCACAUAAAUCCACAGUGUCGGUACCUGGCCAGCGCGUCUAAGGACUGCAGCAUCCGCAUCUGGGACACAGUGCUGGGACUCUGUGAUAAGAUCCUGACAGGACACACGCAGUCGGUAACCUGUGUGAAAUGGGGCGGUGACGGGCUCAUCUUUUCCUCCUCGCAGGACAGGACAAUAAAAGUGUGGAGGGCCCUAGACGGGGCUAUGUGCAGAACGCUUCAGGGCCAUGCACAUUGGGUAAAUACAAUGGCACUCAGUACUGACUACAUACUGCGAACCGGGUCCUUUGAACCAGCCGAAGCUACAAUUGUACCGCAGGACAGGACGGAUUCCCUGGAAGAACUGAAGCAAAAGGCACUGCAGAGAUAUGAACAAACCAGGGGUCGGGAGCAGGAGAGACUGGUUUCGGGGUCGGACGACUUCACACUUUUUCUGUGGACUCCUGCAGAGGCUAAGAAACCCUUGGCACGACUGACGGGCCACCAGGCUCUGAUAAAUGAAGUCUGUUUCUCCCCUGACACUCGCCUUAUUGCCAGUGCAUCAUUCGACAAAUCAGUGAAGCUGUGGGAUGGCAGGACUGGCAAAUAUCUGGCAUCGCUCAGGGGUCACGUGUCAGCAGUGUAUCAGGUUGCAUGGUCAGCAGACAGCCGAUUACUGGCAAGUGGCAGUAGUGACAGCACAUUGAAGGUGUGGGAUGUGAAAACGCACAAGUUGUCUGUGGACCUUCCUGGCCAUGCUGAUGAGGUCUACGCUGUCGAUUGGAGUCCUGAUGGGCAAAGAGUUGCGAGUGGAGGAAAAGACAAAGUGCUGAGAAUCUGGAGGUGGUGAUGGCAUGGAAUAUUUUGAAGAGGUCCUCUUUCAUUUGUUUCUCCUCUGGAUUUCACUGACGCAAACCAUUUCCAGUGAAACUUCCUUCGCCACAGAAAACGAGUGUCGUUCAGCCAAGGAUUGGAGGUCACUGAUUUGCGAUGACUGAAUUAACCAAAGUCUUUUUUUGAUUGUUUUGGACUCCAGGUUUUAUCGGUUUUUUUGAGAGUCACAAUUCCACAGUUUUCUGUAUGCCUUCCCUCCCUGUCCUCCUCCCAAAGGACACCCUGGAUCAAUGGCGUUGUAUGUGGUGUGUGGUGUAUAAUGUAUAAUCCUGCCGUGUGGGAGCCCUGUUAUCUCAUUGUGAAAAUCAGCUGGAUGCCUUUGCGUGGACACAUGACGGGCCAAAGCGAAAAGCGUCGCCAGCAGGAUGGUGAUUUAUCAGCCUUUCAGCAUUUUAAUAGAUGUUACUGUAACAAAGGGAAGACACACGCUUCGCCAUGUGAUUAAAUCAACGUUGACCACAAAUGCGCAAGAAUCUAUAACUGUGGAAUCCCUUAUCUCCCUCAUAGCUUCCUUUCUGUGUCUGAGGUGGGGGGGAAAGAAAGAAAAAAAAAAAAACAAAAAUCCCUGUGGUGUACAACAACAACUUGCAUUUGUGUAGCUCCUUUUUAAAAGUUUCUGAAAAUCAAAGCUUGCCUGAAGCGAUCUAACCGCUGUUUCCACUUGUGGGGCCGUCCAAAACGCAGGGCCAUUUAAUGUAAGAUAUUCGCUUCACAAACUUGGUGAAGAAUUCGGGAGAAUCCUCUUUAAUCCAUUCUCUGGAUCCGAUGGUUGGUGAGGUGGUGUUGGGAUGUGUGCAGAUGAAUACCCGCUCUGGGAGUUUUGAGCUCAGCAGUCAAAGUGCUUUGGCCUUGCCUGAUGGUAGCAGCGCUCGGGGUUGGGGUACAGAGGAUGAAGGGGAUUCCGAGCAGUGUUUCCCAUCUGUACCCAUGAAAGGCGCAGCACCCCCACCGGCAUUACAGAGCCGGAUUAUCUCGGGGACAGCAGUGAGGCUUGUGGAAUCACACCCAGGAUUGGUCUCCUUCCUCGUGUCGUAUAGACAACUGUGUUUCCAGAAGGAAGCUCAUCACCACGUCCUGAAGGGCAUUUAAAGAGUGGGCAACGAAUGCCAUCCCAGCCGGUGGGGCUCAUAUCCCGUGAAAAGAAGCAUGCGUUUAAAUUUCUGAAUGACCAGAAAAUUUGGUUUGUUUCGUGACAUUAGCAAGGAUCUGUUGUCGAUAAAGGCCCAGCUUUUAUUGCCAUGCUUUUUCCUCCAUUCUCUCACUAAUAAGGCAACUUUGUGACAUUCGCCAUUACUGCUGUCUGGUUAACUUUACUUCAUUUGUUCAUGGGGUGUGGGCAUUGCUGGCCAGGCCAGCCUAUAUUACCCAUCCCUAAUUGCCCUGGAGAAGAGCCAGGGACAGAAAAAUCAUCGGUCCCAGUGCAACUCCUCGACCCGCCUGCUGUCUCCGAUCCUAGUUAUUGGGCCCUGAUGCACCCCCUCAUCCCGGGACUCAGCGCUAAGUUGUCCACUUGGAACUGCUGUAGUCCUUGAUAUACAGGAACAACCAUAGUGCUGUUAGGGAGGGCCUCAAAGGACGGGGACCCAGUGAUAAUGCAAGAAACUGUGUUAAAGUGGCUUGGAUUCUAUUAACGUAAAACAAAGAACAGAGAAAGUUGAAAAUCUGAAGCAAAAACAGAAAUUGCUGGAGAAACCCAACAGCAUCAGUGGAGAGGGAAAAACGGAGUUAAUGUUUCAAGUCCGGUGACCCUUUUCCAGAGCUGAAUUUCUCCAGCAAUUUCUGUUUUGGGGUUUUAUUAAUAUUUGACUCAUUUCACUGCAGGGAACAUUGCAGCACAGUCAAUGAAACCACCUGAACAUGUGGAGGUAGCAGACCUUUUGUCCUAUAAUGACAAAAAUUAACUACUCCACCCUCUGUGUGAUUUGUCUCUCCUUUAUUGUAAAAACAUUACUGUAAUCCCAUUGUAAAUUGAGAAUGGUGUGGUUAGUCUUCUGCAAAGCUCAAAUGGACCUGUUGUUAUAUUACGAAAAACUGUUAUUCUCAGAAGACUUGCAGUGGACAGUUUAAAGGCAAGCUAUAAAAUGAUUUUAUUUGCAUAAAAAUAAACCAAUUUAUUUGAAACAA